CUCCGCCGAUCUCAGAGCUCCAGCCGCUUUUCAUUCUCCAGUCUGCCGGUGUUUUGUGUGUGUUUGGGUCUCGGUAGGUUAAGUAGGCUAUCUUUUGGAUAUGAGGAAAGAUCGUAUGCUUGUCUUUUAAACGCGUUUUCUGGAUGUUCUAAUGGAGGGAGCGCGGAUCAUCUGAGCCCGUUAUCCCGGACAGAGGCACGCUUUGUUCGGCCAGUAAUACCUAGACGAAUCACGUCUGCUAUCGAAAUGAACGACACGGAGAAAGAUACCAAAUCUGAUGAAGACUCGGAAUCCCUGGAAGAAGAGGAGGUUGACCCGAGGAUUCAGGGUGAACUGGAGAAACUGAAUCAGUCUACAGAUAACAUCAACAGAUCGGAGACGGAACUGGAGGAUUCCCGGCAGAAGUUUCGUGCCGUCCUAGUGGAGGCCACGGUCAAGCUGGACGAGCAGGUCAAGAAGAUCGGUAAAGCCGUAGAAGACUCCAAACCGUACUGGGAGGCCAGGAGAGCGGCGCGUCAGGCUCAGGUUGAAGCUCAGAGAGCCACGCAGGAGUAUCAGCGGGCCAUCGAGAUCCUCCGGGCCGCAAAGGAAACCAUCGCCCUGGCCGAGGAGCGUCUGCUGGAGGAAGACAGCCGGCAGUUUGACUCGGCCUGGCAGGAAAUGCUCAACCACGCCACCCAGAGGGUGAUGGAGGCGGAGCAAUGCCGGACACGCAGUGAAAUCGAGCACAGAGAAACAGCGGCCAAAUACAAUGCCGCCAUCAGCCACAUGAGACAACUGGAGAAAAAACUCAAACGCACCAUCAACAAGUCCAGGCCGUACUUUGAAUUAAAGGCGAAGUAUUAUCUACAGCUCGAGCAACUGAAGCGACGGGUUGACGAGCGUCAGGCUAAACUCACCCAGGCCAAAGCUGAGUAUCGGACCGCCCUUCGUAACCUGGAGACCAUCUCAGAUGAGAUCCACGCACGGCGCCGACUGUCUGCCAUGGGGCCCCGGGGCCGAGGGGUGGGGGCUGAAGAUGACGGGACCACCACCGAUGACAUCGCCAACUUCAAAAUGGAGUCUGACGGCAUAUCGAUGAUGUCUGUGACUUUCGAGGACAGCUGUAACGGCUCACCAUCAGAGGAUGAUCCUGAGACCCAGUCCACCUGCAGCAUGAGCUCCACGUCUGCUCCUCUCGACCUGCCCUGUCCAUACACCUCCUCUUCCUCCUCCUCCUCCUCCUCCUCAUAUCCUCUGCUCUCUUCCUCCUGCCCGUACCCUUCCUCUUCCUCUUCCUCCUCGUCCCCGCUGUCCCUCUCUGUCUGUCCUGACCUGCUCCAGCUGCCGGGCUCAGGAUCUCUGGAGGGUUUUGAGCAGGUGUCUCCGGUGUUGGGCCCUCGUAGUGAGUGCAGCGGGGCCUCGUCACCCGACUGUGAACAGGAAAGAGGUGAGAGGGCAGAAGGAGCAGAAGUUAAACCUGAACCAUCAAAUAACAUCAGCAGUCAGAAAAGCUCACGCCUGGAGAAGAGCCUGCGCAGUUUAUCUCUCCAAGCCGCAGACGACAACGACACAGACGCUCAUCCAUUUACUGUGACCUCAAACACAGCAGCAGUGCUGCUUCUCAACAGUGUUUAAACUCAGAAAGCACCACUUGCUCCAAGCAAACCUUCAGCACAGGGCCCGUAUCCGAGACGACAGUGUGACGCGUCAAAGGAACCAUUGUGAAACUAUUAUCAUCUCAGUGUUACGGAGAGCUCAUCUCAGACUGGUUUGAACCCAGAAAAACCAUGAAGUAUUAGAAUUGUCAUGCAGACAUCAGCUAUGAAGUGACGAGAACUAUUGAACUUUUCAUCAUCACUGAGUGGAUGUUCUUCAUGUCUUCAUCAAAUGUGUUUGUGUUUUCUGUCCUUUGCCUUUGCAUCUCACUAGCUGAUUCAAAACUGACUCGAUUUUGGUGAAUUAGAAACCACCUGAUUCUCCAACGACUGAUGUAGCUUGCCUCUGAAAAUCGGCCAGUGUGAUGCCAGCACUUGUUUUUCACUCUGUCGGCGUUUGUGCGAUGAAUUUCCUCUCAUCUUAAUCUAUGUUUUCCACUCCACAGGUCAUAAUGCAAAGAGGGACUCGUGUAGUUCAAAGCUAUAUAUUUAUACUCAAUGUUUAGCUCGUUAUCAUGAUGUUACCGAUGUGUUUUCAUGCCACAAAGUUAUUACUUAUUUGUGUAAUAAACAGAUGCCCACAGCAAGAGUCUCUUUCCACUGUUAUGUUUUCACACAGUAAGACGUCUUUAUUACAAAACAUGGUCUUGAUCUUGUAAUCUUGGUCUUGAGAUCUCACCAGACCUCAUAAACAAGGCCUCAGUCUCAAACUUAAAGAAAUAAUUCACCCAUAUGACACUUUCAUGGAACAGAAAAAGUUUUGACAAUUACGUUUGAUUUUUGUCAAUAAUCUUUAAUAAAUUGUUAUAAAUAACCAAAAGCUUAUUUGUCAAAAAACAAUGAAAGGAAACAUUUUAUUUAACUUCUGUCUAGCAUUAUAAAUGAGUUCAAAAAUGUAUUUUAUUAUCGAGUGAGUACGUAUAAACCCUGACAAAAAUGAAUAGAAGAGGAAAACAUUCUGGGGCGCAGGAAAGAAAAAGACUAAGGGAAAAUUAAAAACAAUGCAUUCAAAUGAAGACAGCAAUAACCAAGUGAACAAACAAGUAUUGGUUAGCCUUUUUUUUUUCUUUCAUUGUAAGUCAUAAAGUCAAUCAACAUUUAACAUGUUUUUUAAUGUUAUAAAGAUGACUUUUUGAUGUGCAAUGAGGCAUUUAUUCGCCAAAUGUGUUCCAUACCCCAUUAUUCAUGUUAAUCCUUUUUCACACAAUCAAAAACCACCUCGAGCCAGCCUAAAAACUUUUUGGUGAAUUAAGGGAUUUAUUUAUUUAUUUUCGAAAUUUGGCAUUUACAUCAAUCGUUUCUGAUGCAAUACUUAAAAAUAUGCAUAAAAACGGAGUGAUGGAAACAUAAUAGCUACUGAGUGAUUCUCUGCUGCCAUCUACUGGUUAUAGCAGUGAUCUCAUAUCAUUUUCAUUUGAAAAGUGCUUGUUUUCCACCAGGUGGCAGAAAUCUUCCACUUAAGCAUAGUAUAUUUUUUAUGAAUUAACUCCAAGCCAGUUUACAUGGAAAGGGGAUUUAAAUAGGUUAAGGCUAUAGCCCCAAAUUGUCAAUCUUUUACCAAAACAUAAUUAUGACCAAAUGAAAAUGGACUUAUUGGGACCACAAGAUCCCCUCAGCUUUUACAACUGUUGCCAGUCUGUGGGAACCAUGCAUCUAUGGGGUUUUGUAUUGAGAUGUGAUUCUCAGAUUUACACUAAUAUUUCAAAAUAAUGCCAUGCAAAACAGUAAUAAUACAAUAAUUUCAGUGUACGGCUGGAUUCAACAAAUAUAACCAUACCAGAC